AUGACUCUAAGCUACGAGAUGUCGGACGCUUGUGCGCUCUCGGAGGAGCCCGACAUCGACGUCGUGGGUGAGGGCGACGACGACGACGAUGCAGAAUUGGCGCGCGCGCAUGAAGAGCACUACCUGGCUGCAUCACCUUCUUGUGCGGAGUCUGUUGCGUCCGCCGGGAGCUCAAGCGCGCGCGACGCGUACAAACCGACCAACAAGAAUGCUUUGGUAAAGCCGCCGUACUCAUACAUCGCACUCAUUACCAUGGCCAUCCUACAGAGUCCCAAGAAACGGCUGACGCUCAGCGAGAUCUGCGACUUCAUCAGCAACCGCUUUCCGUACUACCGCGAAAAGUUCCCUGCCUGGCAGAACUCCAUCCGCCACAACCUGUCGCUUAAUGACUGUUUUGUCAAAAUUCCACGGGAGCCUGGCAACCCUGGAAAAGGGAAUUACUGGACACUGGACCCGGAGUCGGCCGAUAUGUUUGACAACGGUAGCUUCCUGCGCCGGCGCAAGCGCUUCAAACGCCAACAGGCACCAGAACUUCUGCGUGAGCACGGAACUUUCGUCCCAGCGUACGGCUAUGGAGGGUACGGGUGCGGUUACGGGCUCCAGCUGCACGCCGCAUAUCACGCGCAUUCCGCGAUCUUUGCCUUUCAGCAGCAACAGCACCAACCACCGACGCCUUCACGACACACUGGAACUCUAAUCCCUGCGCCUUCUUUAAUGCCAAACACAGCCGAACUCACACGAUCUCGCUUCUAUCCCCCAGUAAGCCCCGGGUUAUCGUCCCCGGUACAGACUGCGUCUAAAUCCCCGGUGCACCGCUCACCCUUUUCCAUAGACAGCAUCAUAGGUAGCGCGGGGAGCCCAGCGCAUGCGCUAUGUGCCUCUCGGACUCCGCCAGUGCCCCUCGGACCGAACGGAGCCGAAAAGUUUCCUACACGGAUUGUCAGUAGCACUAGUGGCUGUUAA